GGAAAUACACUGCUUCAGCAGAGCCUCUCUCCAAUUCAGUGUGCUCAGCCCUGAGCAGGGGAAACACUUCUGCCUCCCUGCCCAGCCCCCAGUUACUCCUUUGAAGGAAACUUGUGAGAUACUAGGGACUGGUGAGGAGGUGCUGCUUGGAUCAGGCAUGAGGGGCUUUGAAAUCCUUUGAGAUAAAGGAAGAUUUUAUUUCCAUUUCCUGGUUUUUACGUUUCAUUUAAGCCUUGUUUGCAGAGCGGGGAGGAAGUUGAAUGAACAGCUGGGCAGCUGGAUAUCAGGCGUUUGUGGAGUAUGGGUACAACUGCCAGCGCAGCUCAACAGCCGGCCCCCACAGUGCCCCCUAGUGAUAGCCUCCAAGGAAAUGGCAGUGCAAGUUCAAGUACAGAAGACAGGAAUUCUCUUAGCAUUCACUCUUUUCAGACAGUGAGCAUUCACAACAAGGCCAAAUCCAUAAUCACCAAUAAGGUUGCUCCAGUUCUAAUUACAUACAAUUGUAAAGAAGAAUUCCAAAUUCAUGAUGAUUUGCUUAAAGCCAAUUAUUCUGUUGGGAGGAUUUCUGAGACCAUGCCAGAACAUUAUCUUGUACAGGGUAAAUAUUUUAUGGUACGGGAUGUGUACAGCAAGUUAGAUGUUCUAAAGACUACAAGUAGUUUUGGUGCACCAAAUUUCCGCCAAGCAACAGGAGGAUAUGAAGUAUAUGGAAUGGGUCAACCCAGCCUAAAUGGCUUCAAACAAGUACUACAGAAGCUCCAGAAUGAUGGGCAUAAGGAAUGCAUGUUUGUCUGUGUCCGUGAAGAGCCCGUGGUGUUUCUGAGAUUGGAAAGUGACUUUGUGCCUUAUACUCCCAGAAGGAAGGAGAAUUUGCAUGAAAAUUUACACAACCUGGAAAAAAGACUCCGUGUAGAGAAUUUGGAACUUGCUAUUCGUAAAGAGCUUUAUGACUUUGCUCAAUUGAGUGGGAACAGCUAUUUUGUAUAUAAUGACAUUGAACAUUUUAAGGAUGAGCCUCACUCUGUCAAGGUUGAGUGUGAAGAAGAUGUACACGUGACAGAGGAAGUGUAUAGCAGGCCUGUUUUCUUACUGCCCUCUUACAGAUAUAAUCGUUUGCCCCUACCAGUAGAUGGUGCUCCUCUGGAAUCACAGUUUGAUGCUUUUGUAAACUUUCUCAGGGAAAACCCUUGCCUCCUGCUACUUCAUGAUACCAGCUGUGCACCACCUGCUUUGCUUUUCAGUUGCCAGACAGGAGUUGGUAGGACGAAUUUAGCCAUGAUUCUGGGAACAUUAGUUCUGUAUCACCGAAAGGGUUCAACUGAAAAACAGAUGAUCAACCAGAGCACCAAGGACUUGCCAAAAGAACGUUUUCAGGUGAUACAAAACUUCAUCAAUAUGGUACCAAAUGGAGAACAAAUAGUUGAAGAGGUGGACCAUGCUAUUUCCUUGUGUUCAGAAAUGCAUGAUAUCAAGUCAGCCAUAUAUGAAUGCAAGAAGAAGUUGGAGGGCAUUGGUGAGGACUACCAAAUUCAGGGAAGUAGUACCAAAGAAUAUUUCCUCCGAGGAACCCUCAAUAGCCUUGAGCGCUACUUUUACCUUAUAGCUUUCAACUUCUACCUUCACGAGCAGUAUCCCUUGGCUUUUGCACUGAGUUUUAGUCGAUGGAUGUGUGUACAUCCUUGGAUUUACAGGCUUCAUGCAGCCAUGAAUUUGUCUGAACUCACUUUAUCUGGGGAGCUAAUAACCAAAGGAACACGGGUAUUGAUAUUGGAUGAACGAUUUUCACCUGAUGUUUUGAGCACUGUAAAGGAAAUGAGUGUAGCUAACUUUCGAAGGGUACCCAAGAUGGCUAUUUAUGGUACCGCUCAACCAAACUCAAAGGCCAUGGGUUGUGUUCUGAACUACUUGACAGAUGCAAAGAGGAAAUACUCCAAUAUUCUGUGGGUGAACCUACGAGAGGAUGUGGUGCUGGAAGGCAAUGAACAAAUAUACACGCCAAGGGAGCAGGACAACUUGGAACAACCUAUUGCUGUACCUGUCAAUACACCAGAACAGUUGGAGAAAUUAGAAGCCACGAUAACAAAUCAUAUUCUGACUUCCCAAAAAUGGUUGGAAGUUUACCUUGGACAGGAGAAGCAAAUGAAGAUGUUCAAAACAUGUCAAACAAUGCGGGACAUUUUCAACCAGCAAAGAAGCACAUAUCCUGGACUGGUGUAUAAAAGAAUCCCCAUUCCUGACUUCUGCGCUCCCAGGGAACAGGAUUUUGACAUGAUUCUUAAGGCUAUGAAGAACAUUCUUGCUGAGGACUCUAAUUCAGCUUUUGUAUUCAACUGUCAUGGGGGCAGAGGGAGGACUACGACUGCAAUGGUCAUUGCAUUACUGACACUCUGGCACUUCAAUAGCAUUCCUGAAAUUAGUGAGGAUGAAAUUGUAAGUGUUCCAGAUGCCAAAUAUACCAAAGGAGAAUUUGAGGUAGUGAUGAAGAUUGUUCAGUUGCUGCCAGAUGGACACAAAAUGAAGAAAGAAGUUGAUAUGGCACUUGACACUGUUAGUGAAACCAUGACUCCUAUGCAUUAUCACUUACGAGAGAUCAUCAUUUCCACUUACCGUCAGAUUAAAACAGCAAAAAAUGUGAAGGAAAUGCACUUACUUCAGCUGCGGAGUCUGCAGUAUUUGGAGAGAUAUAUUUACCUGAUCCUCUUCAAUGCUUACCUUCACUUGGAGAAGAAGGACAGAUGGCAGAGACCCUUUAGCAAGUGGAUGUAUGAGGUGGCAUCCAAAGCUGGAGUUUAUGAAGUGCUCAAUCAACUGGGUUUCAGUGAAUUUGAGAAUUUGGAAGAUCAGCCUUUGUCUCGACUGCGCUAUCGUUGGCAACAGCAAAAUUCAAACUCGCUUCCCUUCCGAGGAGAAUUUAUUUAGGACUAUAAGACCUUUUCAGCUUUAUCUUUACUUGGUAGAUCUCCUUUUAUUUGGAUCCUCUGAAAAAGACCCUAAAAGCAUGCAAAAAUGUGUAUUUGUUUUAGUGGUCACAGAAAUCCCAAAAAUGUAAAAAUAAAUAAAUAUGUAAUUGGAGGAAGUACAGUCAUUGAUCUGUAUGAUCCAACAGAGACUGACUAACCACAUGGACCAACUAUCAUUUGGUUUUCAUUUGUCAUUGACUAUGCGUAAAUUAUGUUUUCUCCUACAGCCAGUAUAUCCAAUAGUUUGACCUGCAUGGAAGGGCUAUAGUUGGCUAUGUGGUUAUAUACUUAAUGCUCAGGAUCUUUCUAUUAUUACUACUAUAUUGUGUUUAAUAUUUCAUAAGAAGUAAGAUUACAUUGGAAAAAAAAAACAUGUACUAGAUGACACACAUGCUGCCAAACUGUAGCAGAAAUGGACAGAGAAGAUAUGUAUAAAAUGUUGGGUUUUGAUUGUUUAAUAAAUUGGUAAUGAAUGAUUCUUUUAGAAAAAUAUGCUAAUAAAAAAAAGCUUAAAACCGAGAAUACAUUAGGGUGCAUACACCUUAUUUGAGGAACCUUACAAGUAUCUUUUUCAAACUUUUGUUUGAAAUUGUGUAUUUUGCAAGCUAGUAAUAUUUUUAGUUAUCAUUUCUUUAUUGUACAGAAAGCUUGCUAGUAGAAUGUUAUUCUGGUUAAUGGGUGAGCAGUUUAACUGAAAUGGUUUAAAUAAAAACAGUAAUAAACAGUAAUAAACUUGGAUAAAAUUAGUUUUAAUUUGCUCUCCAUAUUGAGCAGAGCAAAGGUGUAGCUAAGAGAGAAAAGGCCGGGGCAAUCUGUAACCUGGGUGCUGGGAGCCAGGGAGAUGGGUAACAAUGCCACUCAGCAUUGACUAGGGUAUUUAAAUACAAGGCUUGGACAUCAAAUGGAAUCCCUGUCUUUUGCCUAGCAAAGGGAAAUCUACUUUUUGGAAAGACUUUAAAGAAAAUGUGAUAAAUAUAUAUAUAUAUAUAUAUAUAUAUAUAUUAUAUAUAUAUUCAGAAAUCAUUCUAACCUUCCUGCUGCCUGAUGAGGAACGUUAAAUGACCAUCGCUUGCCCCAAUAAUACUUGGAAAAACUAUAUAUAUAGUCAGGAAGUUCUUGGGCUGGAAUGAACAGAUAUGCUAAAAUGCUGGACCCUGUAGUCAGAAAUGCUCUUCUCGCUUCAUAACCUCUGACUUAAUGACUGGUGAGAGUCAUUGUAAGGUUCUUAAAGAGGACCUAAAACUUUAGUCAAAGCCUGGAAGGCACAGUGGUGCUUCUCAGAGCACUCUUCACCUUCAGCUUGCUUUUCAAGUGUGUGUAAUAUGGAUUCUAUAUACUUUCUAUGGGUCCGUACGUCCUGCUGCGGAACAUUCUGUGCUUUCAGUACAGGUUUAGUUCCCCUUUUAUUCAUUCAGACACAGGUAUGCCAGGGUCUGAAUGAAUAUGUGAGUUAUUAAAUGUUAAUUGACUAGUCACAUUGUAAGAUAUGCUUUCUUCUCUUCUGAAUUAUAUUUUGCCUCAAAGAGGUAUUGGGCAGACCGUUUAUAUUCAUGCUUGCCACUGUAUUUUUUAAAUUUUUAUAUUUUCUUUACAUUUAAACAAGAGUCACUCAUUUUAUGUAACAUGAAUUUACUUGUUAAAUGAUACCAAUAUGUUUGAUAAUAGUUUUUUUUAGUACUUCAAUGUGUAUUAAAGACACAAAUUAUUUCUUGGUUAAUGAUGUGAUGUGUGUCCCCCAUAUGUAUAAAGUCUUUGGGCCAGAUUUAUCAUAGCCCGCCAUGCUAUGAUAACCAGAUGCACUGCCGGAUGCUGCGCUUGAUUUAUCACUAGGUGUAUGCUUCUCGUAAAUUAGACUCAGCAUCCAGCAGUCCAUGUGUCUGCACUGAAAGUUACAUAAACCUCUUGAUGACGUAGAUUUCAGUGUUUUUCUACGACCGAAAACUGGCGUACAAGAAGAGAAAUAGGGUCCCGCUGCCCGGCUCGCCGCACUCUUGCUCCUUUUUCAUGCAAGAAAACUGGCAUAUUUUAGUGAUAAAUUCCCCCUUUAUCUGCACUACUGAAAUAAUAAAACAAAAAUAUCUCUGGAAAGUCUACUUUUUGCAUACAAUUUCUAACACAUCAAAAUCCCUAGAUAUAGUGAAGAUUGGACUCGUGCACACUGCCUUAUUAUACUCCUUACAUGACUGAGUUGUAGGGAGCCAUAAUGUGGCAUCUAUAAACAUCUAUGUAACUCCAACUAUACCCGCAUUUGCCUCUGAUCUGAAAUAGGAACAUAGUGUUAUUUUAUUUCCCCUAUUUCUGCCUGAUUCAGAAACUCUUUGAUUUGUCGGUGGAGGUAAAGAUAGAGGAUUAUCACCAACGCUUUCCAAGGAUUAUAGAGUCUAGAAAUGAGUGCAUUCGUAAUUUGCAUUUGUACAUUUUGUUUCACUAUGAGGUACAUUUUUUAUUUUUAUUUUAUUUUUCCAGAGGCUUUUGUGGUAUGUUCCUUCAUUUGUCAUAUUACAGAAAACUAUUGCAUCAGUGGAAGGUACAUCUGUUUGUAUUUUGCAGUCCGUCUGUGUUGCUUCUGAAUUUUGCAGCCAAUUAGAAGACCUUUUCUUUUUGCGGAGUGGACAUACAUUUGCAGAAACUACACAGAUCAUUUGUGUGGCUUCUGUAUGCUUUCUGCAAAAAAAUAGAGUAUCUCCACAAAGUGUGGACCACGAACCCAAUGAAGUCGAUGGGUUUAAAAAAAAAAAUGCAGAUGCCACACGGACCACAUCUGUAUUUUGCAGAUCUGCAAUUUACGGACCACAAAACUGAUAUGGUCAUGUGCAUGAGGCCUAAUAUGAAGUCGUACAGAAGAACUAUAUGGUGCCAAACAUAGUAUGUGGCUGUAGGAACUUUGUGUGCCACCAUGCAGCCCCCAUGCAUGAAAUCUAAGGCUUACCAAAGUUGUUGAUGGAGCCUUAUAUUUUUUACUACUACCAUUCUUCUAUGGUUUGUUUGAUUUUGAUCAUACAAAAUCUGUCUAAUGUAUGAUAUUUGCUAAAGUGCACCUAAACUUAACUAAACUAAAAUCCUAUUCUAAAUGUAUUAAAAAUAAUUUUUGUAAUACACUUUAAAAGCAUGGCAUACAUGAGGGAUGUCAGGUUUUAGCAGAGCGGUCACAAGCAGGAGAGCAAUGUCUUAUGUGAGCUCCUGCCCUGAGCUUGCUCUGCUUAGCUCUGCUAAUACCCUGCAUACCACAUUGGUGCAGACUAUUCAGCCACCCGUAUGCUAGGCUUUAGAGAAGCAGCUCUGGAACAGGAAGGAGCAGCGACGCUCUGGCUUAUAGAAUGCUAAGUGUGGCCACAGGGGAAUCCGUCCUCCAUGCACAGAGCUGUAUAGGAGUACGUAUUCUAAAGCAUCAUAAGCACCUAAAGUUCAGAUGCCUAUUCCACAUGGAAAAGUAGAAAAUACAAUAUUUUUUUUAACACAUUUAGAAUAAGAUUUAAUAAAGUUUAGCUAAAAGUUAAGGUAUGUCACAAGCUCUGUAGUUCAGUCCAAUUUGCAAAAUAAGCCCAAACCAUUUGCUUUGAGGAUGUUUUUUCUCAGAAAGGUUUUUCUGAGAUAUUUUUACUGAUGACCCAUCAUUUUCUGGAUAGCUCAUCAGUAUCUGAUCAUUAAGGGUCCAGCACCUAGGGCUUCUGCCAAUCAGCUGUUUGAGAAGGCACCCAGCGUUCAUGUGACCUGUGAGAGCCAGGGCCCUCUCUCUGCUAACCAAACAGUUCUGUACAUUUAAUAGCAGCUGUGCUUGGUAACGCAGUUUAGCUCCAUUCACUUCUAUGGGGCUGAGCUGUGUCUAGGCCAAGUGACCGAUGAAUGUGACAUCAUAUGGCCCAGAGAAAGCUGUGAGAAGGCUAUAGUGCUAUUGUGAGCGCCGCUUCCUUCUCAAACAGCUGACCGUUGGAUGUCCCAGCGACCCCCACCGAUCAGACACUGAUGACCUAUUCAGACGAUAGGUUAUCUGUAAAAAUAUCUUGGAAAACCAUUUUAAACUACAGUAGACAACCUUGAGGCCACACACCUGAUAUCCAAUUCUGCUAAGCGGGGCUCGAAGGAAAAUCGGAGCACUGGAGUCUAUGUGCUAUGUAGCAUAUAUACCGUAUUGGCCAACGAUGAACUAUACAUUAUUGGAGGUAACCACUUCAUAUAUGAGGCUGGAUUGAUCCUCAAGGUUUUAGUUUGAUAUUCAAUUUUUUUUUUUUAUUUGACUAAGUGGCCCAUUCCUAUAAAGCCCUAUUACUCUGUGUGCCUAAGUACAGCCUUCUAUCAUAAGAAUACUACCAUAAAAUUUUAUUAAAGCACCAUCUGAAUUUUUUUUCAGCGUUAUUAUAAAAGAAACCCCUCUAUAUGCCUUUAUGAAAUGUAAAGCAAGUAUAUUACUGCCCCUAUGGCCAUGCAUCUAGUACCAUAUUCGGUUCUUUGGCCAACAUAUACAGUAUAAUGUUAGUCAAAGAACCCAAUAUAGUAUGUGCCAGAUAUCCUAAUUUGCCAUCCACUAAGGGCCAGAAGUAUUGUGUCCUAGGAAUGUGCAAACUAUUAUAAAGUUUAUAUCAGAAACUCACUUUUUUCUUUUUGAUUCUAUUUUGCUGAGAAGAAAAUUUUGUCCGCCUUUGUUUCUUUUUACAUAUUUGACUAGACCAAAAGUAGUCUGUGCAACAAAGCUACCCUCUGACAUUCUCAGAUUUUAUUUUUUAAUACAGUAAUGGAAAUCUAAAUGCAGCUUAAUUCUAAAACUAUCAGUUUGUUAAAAGGGUUGGCCACCUUUGGAGAAGGGGAGGGGGUUGGCUACUCCCUUCCUGCCCCAGACAGACCUGCAAUGGAAAGCAUACUAUUUGCAACCCUCUUUUUCUCCUGGUCAGACCUGCAAAGGGAAGUAUACUUACUCGCUCACUCCCCGACCUCAUCUGCCUUGCUCAGGUCCCCCACUGUCAACAUUCGCUGUGACACCACUGCAGUCAAUCACUGACCUCAGCAACCAGACAUGACACAAGGGGCACAGGUCAAAGUGGAUGUUGACAGCAGGGACCUAAAUGAGGCAGCCGAGACUGGCAAGCGAAGGAGCUGGGACACAGCUCUGAGGAGCAGAUAAAAAAAUGUUUGUUUGGAGGUCUGCCGAGCCGGGAUGGUUGCCAAACUACCUGCUCCCUCCCCCCAAGGUGGUCAACCUCUUUAAAACUUUUAGGAUUUUAUUAAAAUUGCUAUACAUUAUGCUGCAAAAAUAAAAAUCAAUUUACAGAAAUAUUGUAGGGAAAGAAAUGUAAUAUUUUUAGACAAACUUUUUGAAUGACUUUGAAGAAGGAAGACUGUGGUUAGAUAUAGAAUUGAACUCGCUCCUUUUUACUAUACAGAAAUCCUUCAAAAUUAUCUAUUCAUUUUUAUAAUUUAAGGAAAAUCAAGGGGCAGUCAUUUAAAUCUAUUUAUUAUGCAAAUUAUAUUUGGUUUAUGAUAAUUUAGUUUAAAUGCUAUUACCUUUUAUGUAUAGCUAUUGAAUGUUCUAAACCGGUUGUCGCUCAAGACAAAUGUGGUGUUUGUCAUAUCAUUUUUACUUAUACUGUUACAAUGUGUCAGCAUAUUUAUAUUUGUAAUAGUAGUUUUAACUUUUGCAUUAUUGCCUAAGUGAUAUUAUGGAAAUGGGGAGCUCACUUCAUCAGAUGUAGGAUUAUUCUAAAACUUACUUUACCUAACUCCAUGUAGAACUUUAUUUUUCUAGCUUGUUGUUAAAAGCAUAAGAAAAUGAAAGUAUAUUUCUUGCAAAUAUUUUCAUACACGCUUAACCUAAAUUGUAUCUUGCUAACAAGACAGCUGGAAUCUUAAAAAUAAGUCUGCUUAAGAAUAUUUGUACAGAAUCCUGUAUUUUUUACUGUAUUUUCAAACCUAUCCUAUCUGCUGUAGAAACUGUUGUAACCAACUUAGGCUUUAAGUUCUUUAUAUGACCCAGAAAAGUAUCCCUGUACAGUACUGUGGAAUUUCUUAGUAAUUUAUAAAUAAAAAAGAUGAAAUAAAA